AUGGCCGUCGGAGCCUCCACAGCUUCCAUCAUCCGAACCGAUGACAGCCAUAUCCUGGAAACGAGUAGCCUUGUUGGGCAAGACAUCACGAUGCAAUCGCCAUUCCCAGAUAUUUUAAGCGAAGACUAUCCCGACUUUCGCGCCGAGAUCUCAAAGAACAGGUUUGCGGUAAUAAAAAAUGCAGUACCACGAGAACGAGCAAUUCAAUAUGAAGCAAAAGCACACGCAUGGCUGAACUCUUUUGAAGCUGGCUUGGACCUCGAUGACCCGUCAACGUGGUUGGCGGAGAACCUGCCACUCGCAAACAGCAUUGGUUCUUAUGCACACUAUUGCGUCGCACACGAAAAGUUCGUCUGGGAAGCCCGGCAGGAGCCUGGAGUAUUGGACGCGUUUUCCAAGCUGUGGGAGACGGACCGGCUGCUUGUCAGUUUUGACAGCCUGAAUGUCACGCUUCCCAACCGCAGGGACACGCCUCGUCGCGAGCCUUGGGAGCAUAUCGAUCAGAGCCCUCUACGCCGUGGCGUUCACUGCGUGCAGGGCAUCAUUAACCUCUCGCCCUCGGGCCCAGAGGAUGGUGGCCUCGUAGUAUUCCCGGGCUCGCACAAGCUAAACGACGAGUUUUUUGACGCCAAGUCUCGCACAGACAAGGAAUCAUGGCAGCCGCUCAAGGACGUCUACCUUUUCGGAGCCGACGAGUUGAAAUGGUUUGCAUCGCGGGGAGUUGUCGCGCACAAGGUCUGCGCAGAGCCAGGCGAUCUCAUCAUGUGGGAUAGUCGAACGAUACACUACGGAGCGGAGCCUACCGAGAGGAGCUCUCAGAUCCGAACGGUGAUCUAUGCGACUUACUCACCAGCGGCUCUUGCAUCGCCAGACCAGUUGAAGCUGAAAAGGGAGGCCUUUCAGAGCUACAGCGGGACAAGUCAUUGGCCGCACAUGUAUAUCGUACCUCGAAGCAAUAUCCCAUUGUUUCCCGACAGAACUGUAGAUCCCAGAGGCAGAAAUGAGCCUUUGGAGAAGCCCGAACUGACGGACAAGCUACUAAAGCUUGGUGGCAUGAAGGACUAUUAA